UGUUUUGUACUUGUGUUUUAAAUGUUUAUCUGGCGCUUGGGCGGUAGUUAUUUUCCUGAGUGUAUCUGUAUCUACUAUUGAUUCAAUCCUUAUAUACAUUCUGCAAUAAAAAAUACGACGGCUUGCAAAUUCUAUUAGAUCUAUAUUAAGCACGUGACCCACUCUGCGAGAUUUCAGAAUCCAUCUUGGAAAGUGUGAGUCUGCAGAAACCGGCUCGAUAUUUGCACAUAUUCAGAAUUCAGUUCAUUAACCUGGAAGACAAUGCAGAUGGAUCCAGGACUACAUAAAGGGGAAGGAUAUCAGUAUGGCCCAAAUCCUAAACAGCACUACUUUAGUCCAUAUUCCAUGAAUGGAGGGACUGUAUUGGCAAUUGCUGGUGAAGAUUUUGCUGUGGUUGCAUCAGACACAAGACUUAGUGAAGGAUUUUCCAUUCACACAAGAGACUCACCAAAAACAUAUCAGCUAACAAACAGCACCGUGCUUGGUUGUACUGGUUUCCAUGGUGAUGUUCUCACAGUGACCAAGUUGUUAGAGGCUAGGUUAAAAAUGUACAAAAAUGAGCACAACAGACAAAUGAGUACCUCUGCCAUUGCUGCCAUGCUCUCCACUGUCCUAUAUUACAGACGGUUCUUUCCUUACUAUGUAUAUAAUAUAAUUGGAGGAUUAGAUGAUGAAGGCAAAGGCGCUGUGUACAGUUUUGACCCUAUAGGAUCGUACGAGAGAGAAGCCUAUAGAGCAGGAGGAACUGCUAGCUCUAUGUUGCAGCCACUCCUAGAUAACCAGAUUGGCUUCAAGAAUCAGGAAGGUGUCACUAAAGUCCCCCUGAGCAAAGAGAAGGCUGUAUUUCUGGUGAAAGAUGUGUUUAUCUCAGCCGCCGAACGCGACAUUUACACUGGGGAUAACAUCAUGAUACAUGUCACAACUAAAGAUGGCACAGAAACUGAAGUUUUCCCUCUCAGACGAGAUUAACAAACUCAGUGCAUUAGGGUUAUCACAUGGAUGUUAUUUUCCUUGACAGAGAAUGGGACCGGUUUUCUUUUCUGUAAAGGGCAGAAAGACUGGACUUGCCCCCAUAAAGACAGGAGAGAGCUGUUUACUCAGUUAUCUUUGGAAUGGGAGAUUUCCCCUACUGUUCAUGGUUGACUGGGAACCUGGGAUGUACUUCUCAUUUGAUUGUUCAGUAACUUAGAGAAAAAAUUGUGGAGGUAAAGCAGACAGUAUCAAAGUGAGAAACCGAUUUAAAAAGCUUUAAAGACGUGCUGUUCACUUAAGUGAUGAAAUUGUACAUUUAGUAACAUUCAAUAAAUAUGAAUCUAGUAAAA